AUGGAACGACAUCAGCUCCGUCCCCAAAUCCUCACCUACACCUCCAUGGCCCUCCUAGGCAUGCUCGGUCGUACCAAUGCCUGGUGGGGUGCCGGAGCCCCCGAGUGCGCACAACCCUGCCUCUCCUCAGCCUGGUCCGCCGCCAGCACCACCUCCUGGCCCGCCCCAACAGACUGGUGCGCAUCCGACUCCUCUGACAUCCGAUCCCGCAAGGACGCCGCAUCCUCCUGUCUCGUCUCCGCCUGCUCCGCCACGCCCACCGUUCACUCCUCCUACUCCUCCCUCUCUUCCUCUCUCUGCGCCCAAUAUUCCUCUUGCUCCUCCGCCGGCUCUACAGGCGUUUACACCGUCUCCCUCCCUGCUUUCACGGGCGCCUGGGACGGCAGCCACGAUGACGGUCCCAUUGGCGGCUGGUGGCAGGGCGGCGGGCACGGAGGUCCAACGGGAACAGGAACAGGCCAAUGGGGUCCCCACCAUGGCUGGGCCGGCACCGCCACUUGGACUGGUGGCGUGUAUACCGUGACAGGAUGUGAAUGGGAUGGAUCACCCUGGGCUGGCGGGCCGUGGGGAUGGGGUCAUGGUUAUGGUCACGGUGAUUAUGGUAAUGGCCAAGCUAAUGGACCUUGGGGCAUAUGGGGCGCGGGAUGGACUUUGACGAGCACGGGGACAGAGACCGUCACGGCCGUGCAGACCAUCACGAGGGAUGCGACGGGUGGGGAUGGGAGUGUGACGAAGGUGAUGGAGCUUACGACGAGUACGGGGUUGGCGACGGUUGGGUAUGCGGUGAAUGAGGAGAGUAAGGAGGAGGCGACGACGGUGUUGGGGGUUGUGCAGGCUGCGGCUAGUACGACUGGGAGUGGUAGUAGCGGUGCGGCGAGUGUUGGUUGUGCUGGUGCGGGUGUGGGAGUUAAGGUUGGGGCGGCUGUGUUGGGGGGGAUUGUGGUGGUUGCUGGGUUGCUUUGA